AUUAUACUUUUAGUUCAAGGGAUGCAGUAGAUUCAAAUUUAAAAGGUAAAAUAAAAGGCGUGGAUGGGUGAAGCAGGUCAUCUCUAUCAAAAGCUUCAUGCGGUGACCCCAUCCAAAAUAAUCAAUGGACUAAUGCAUGCACCAGAGAGAAUCCAUUCUCCUAAGAAUAGGUACAUCUUACCCUACAUGUGCGGACGGAGACGAGACAUCGCGCGCUGUUAGACCUCCACCUCCACUAGCUUCCACUCCAAAAAUGGCGACGAGCCAGGGCCAGGCGGCCAUACAUUUGCCAAGACGCACUACAUAUACGCCAACACCAUUCCGCCAGAACCUAGGAGAGGGAGACGACGAUCGACGGGCUACCAGUGAGUUAGUUACCCAUGGGCCGCAACAUGGCGCUUCCCCUGCUCCUGGCGCUGGCGGCCCUAGUGGCGUCGCUGCCGUCGGGUUCCGUCGCGACGGCGGGGACGGCUGGUGCGUUCGACAGCUGGUUGUCGGCGAACCAGAAAGACUUCGCGAUCAACCAGGCGUUGUACGCGAAGAAGGCGGUGGGUGACACCGGCAGCACCAUCGACGAGUCCCUGUCCAAGGCGGAGGAUAACAAGACCACCUACGUGGUGGACCCCAAGGGCGGUGGUGACUACAAGACCAUCACGGCCGCGAUCGACGCCAUCCCGGAGGGCAACACCGGUCGCGUAAUCCUGGACCUGAAACCCGGCGAGUACCGUGAGAAGAUCUUCCUCAACCUCAGCAAGCCCUACGUGACUUUCAAGUCCGAUCCCAAGAACCCGGCCAUCAUCGCCUGGAGCGACACCGCUGCGACGCUAGGGAAAGACGGGAAGCCGGUGGGCACGGUGGGGAGCACCACCUGCGCCAUCGAGUCCGACUACUUCGUGGCGUACGGCGUCGUGUUCAAGAACGACGCGCCACUGGCCAAGCCGGGGGCCAAGGGCGGGCAGGCGGUGGCGCUGCGUACGUUCGGCACCAAGCAGGCCUUCUACAACUGCACCAUCGACGGCGGGCAGGACACGCUGUACGACCACAAGGGGCUGCACUACUUCAAGGACUGCGUGAUCAAAGGGAGCGUGGACUUCAUCUUCGGGUUUGGGAGGUCCUUGUACGAGAACUGCCGCAUCGUGUCCAUCGUGAAGGAGAUCGCCGUUCUCACGGCGCAGCAGCGGACCAAGACCAUCGAGGGCGCUAUCGAGAGCGGGUUCUCGUUCAAGAACUGCAGCAUCAUGAGCGAAGGCGGGGGGGAUAUCUAUCUUGGCAGGGCGUGGGGGGACUCGUCGCGUGUCAUCUACGCCUACACCGAGAUGAGCAAGGAGGUGGUGCCAGUUGGAUGGGACGGAUGGAACAUCAAGCAGCCUGAGAGUAGCGGGAUCUACUACGGCGAGUUCAAAUGCAGCGGGCCGGGGUCGGACGCGAGGAAGAGGGUCGGGUGGGCUGUGGAUCUCACCGAGGCCCAGGCCAAGCCCUUCAUCGGCACACACUACAUCUUCGGCGACUCUUGGAUUCUGCCACCGCCAACUGGGAACUCUCCUCCCUCUAAAAAAGGCUCCAGUGGAGGAGCCCCCGCCACAUCCCCCGCCUCAUCGCCCGAGUCGGCAGAUUCAGCCUCAUCGCCCGAGUCGGCGGAUUCAGCCGCGUCGCCCAAGUCGGCGUCCUCAGCCUCGUCGCCCAAAUCCGCCUACUCAGCUGCAUCCAAGGUUUCGCUGCUAGCAUCCACCGCGUUGACAGCGGAGGUGGGCACGCUGAAGCAGAACCUCGAGCGGUCCUUGCAAGAGCUAGGCCUAGCCAAGCAGCAGUUCGAGGAGAAGGAAGGAGGUUUCUCGCUCUUUUGCGACUCAUCCCAGACUCAAUUUUCGGCUUUUAAGACUGCCCCUGGUCAUGUGCAUUUCAGCCGUAACUCGGAAAUUGAGAUGGUCAAGCAAUUGCAACUGAAAUAUGAGACCGCCCUAACUGAAUUGGGCUCUCAAUUGAUGGAUGCAAAGACCCGGCUAGUGGACCAAGAGGCAGAGAUAAAGAGUGCUAACUCCAAACUCCAAUUGAGUCUCUCUGAAACUGAAAAAUUGAAGACCAGUUUGACUGAGAAGAAGAAAUCCUGGGCCGAUGAGAAGACCUUGCUGAUACAACGUGCUGAGACAACAGAGGCGGCUCUUGAGGAGGUUACAACGGAGCUCACCGGCUUAAAAAACCCUGUGUCUCAAAUGGUUUCUGCCAUCUUUGGAAUAUAA